CGCGGGCGGAGGGCGGGCUGAAGCAGCUGAAGCGGCGGUAGCGGCGGCGGCUCGGGCAGAGGGGCGGGAGCUGAGGCGGGAGCGAACAGGCUGGUGGGCGAGCGAGAGGCGGCGGAAUGGUGGACUACCACGCGGCGAACCAGUCGUACCAGUACGGCCCCAGCAGCGCGGGCAAUGGCGCUGGCGGCGGGGGCAGCAUGGGCGACUACAUGGCCCAGGAGGACGACUGGGACCGGGACCUGCUGCUGGACCCGGCCUGGGAGAAGCAGCAGCGCAAGACCUUCACGGCGUGGUGCAACUCCCACCUGCGGAAGGCAGGCACACAGAUCGAGAACAUUGAUGAGGACUUCCGAGACGGGCUCAAGCUCAUGCUGCUCCUGGAGGUCAUAUCAGGGGAGCGGUUACCUAAGCCGGAGCGGGGGAAGAUGAGAGUGCACAAAAUCAACAAUGUGAACAAAGCGCUGGACUUUAUUGCCAGCAAAGGUGUCAAGCUGGUCUCCAUCGGGGCAGAAGAGAUUGUGGACGGCAACGCAAAGAUGACCCUGGGAAUGAUCUGGACCAUCAUCCUUAGGUUCGCCAUCCAGGACAUCUCCGUGGAAGAGACCUCGGCCAAGGAAGGGCUCCUUCUCUGGUGCCAGAGAAAAACAGCCCCGUAUAAGAACGUCAAUGUGCAGAACUUCCACAUCAGCUGGAAGGAUGGUCUUGCCUUCAAUGCCCUGAUCCACCGGCACAGACCAGAGCUGAUUGAGUAUGACAAGCUGAGGAAGGACGACCCUGUCACCAACCUGAACAAUGCCUUCGAAGUGGCUGAGAAAUACCUCGACAUCCCCAAGAUGCUGGAUGCAGAGGACAUCGUGAACACGGCCCGGCCCGACGAGAAGGCCAUAAUGACCUAUGUGUCCAGCUUCUACCAUGCCUUUUCAGGAGCGCAGAAGGUACCGAGCAGGGCCAGGCAGGCCCUCCUCGCCGCCACCGCGCAAUGCCGCCGCUGCCUCUCGCCUCCCGUGCUCACCUCAUUUCUCUUGCAGACGGCAGUGGCCUCUCUCCAACUGGAAGCCACCCCCAGCUCCCUGGCGUUGCUGCCCCCUCAGCCUUAGCUCACACACCUAUUGGGUACCUCAUCUGUGCCAGGCUUUUCCAGGCAUUGAGGAUGCCCUGGUGACUGAGUCAGACAAGGUCCCUGUUCUCAGGGCACUUCCAUGCUAGUGGGAGAAACAUACAGCAGGCCUGUCACAGGAGUGGAAUAGAGAAAAUGGGGCCAGAUGGGGGACAGAGAUGGCUGGGGUGACCUUCAGCUGGUGCUGUCAAUGUGGAGGGGUGAAGUGAGCAGGUACUUGCAGCAGGAGCUGCUAGAUGCAGGCUGGGGCACAGGUGUUCCAGGCAGAGGGUGAAGCACUAUGAAGGCCCUGAGACAGGAAGAAGCUUGGCGUAUUCAGGGACCAGCUAGAGAGGAGUGAGUGACAAGCAGUGAUGGGUCAGGCCCAACAAGACCCUUGUGGUGUGGGAUAAGAAAUUCGUGUUCCACUCUGAGGGCCAUGGGAGCCCCUUAGGGUCUUACUCCAUGGUGGGAGCUGCUCACUCACAUUUUCAGACAGAUCAUUUAGCAACUGACUCCUCCAACCCAAAACAAAGCUGCCUUUAUAGGGCCCACAGCUAGUCUGUCUCCAGCCCAGGCCGGUUAGAAAAGGAAUGCACCCCAUUCGGACUCCACAAAACCCCGCAAGGCAUGUCCACGCAGGCCUGGGGCUGGCUUCCAGUCCAGAGCAAGCGCUCUUCCUCCCGCAUGAGCCUCAGGCCGGCCCGGCCGCCCUCCCUGCGUCUUUCACUCUCUCCUGCCUCUCUCUCUCUUUCUCUCUCUCUCUGUGCAGAUAUUGUGGGCACUCUGAGGCCAGAUGAGAAGGCCAUCAUGACUUACGUGUCCUGCUUCUACCACGCUUUCUCGGGGGCUCAGAAGGCUGAAACUGCCGCCAACCGGAUCUGUAAGGUGCUGGCUGUCAACCAAGAGAACGAGCACCUGAUGGAGGACUACGAGAAGCUGGCCAGCGACCUCCUGGAGUGGAUCCGGCGCACCAUCCCCUGGCUGGAGGACCGUGUGCCCCAAAAGACUAUCCAGGAGAUGCAGCAGAAGCUGGAGGACUUCCGCGACUACCGGCGUGUGCACAAGCCGCCCAAGGUGCAGGAGAAGUGCCAGCUGGAGAUCAACUUCAACACGCUGCAGACCAAGCUGCGCCUCAGCAACCGGCCCGCCUUCAUGCCCUCCGAGGGCAAGAUGGUCUCGGACAUCAACAAUGGCUGGCAGCACUUGGAGCAGGCUGAGAAGGGCUACGAGGAGUGGCUGCUGAAUGAGAUCCGCAGGCUGGAGCGGCUCGACCACCUGGCAGAGAAGUUCCGGCAGAAGGCCUCCAUCCACGAGGCCUGGACUGACGGGAAGGAAGCCAUGCUGAAGCACCGGGACUACGAGACGGCCACACUAUCGGACAUCAAAGCCCUCAUUCGCAAGCACGAGGCCUUCGAGAGCGACCUGGCUGCGCACCAGGACCGCGUGGAGCAGAUCGCCGCCAUUGCCCAGGAGCUCAACGAGCUGGAUUACUACGACUCCCACAAUGUCAACACCCGGUGCCAGAAGAUCUGUGACCAGUGGGACGCCCUCGGUUCUCUGACACAUAGUCGCAGGGAAGCCCUGGAGAAAACAGAGAAGCAGCUGGAGGCCAUCGACCAGCUGCACCUGGAAUACGCCAAGCGCGCGGCCCCCUUCAACAACUGGAUGGAGAGCGCCAUGGAGGACCUCCAGGACAUGUUCAUCGUCCAUACCAUCGAGGAGAUUGAGGGCCUGAUCUCAGCCCAUGACCAGUUCAAGUCCACCCUGCCGGACGCCGAUAGGGAGCGCGAGGCCAUCCUGGCCAUCCACAAGGAGGCCCAGAGGAUCGCUGAGAGCAACCACAUCAAGCUGUCGGGCAGCAACCCCUACACCACCGUCACCCCGCAGAUCAUCAACUCCAAGUGGGAGAAGGUGCAGCAGCUGGUGCCAAAACGGGACCACGCCCUCCUGGAGGAGCAGAGCAAGCAGCAGUCCAACGAGCACCUGCGCCGCCAGUUCGCCAGCCAGGCCAACGUUGUGGGGCCCUGGAUCCAGACCAAGAUGGAGGAGAUCGGGCGCAUCUCCAUUGAGAUGAACGGGACCCUGGAGGACCAGCUGAGCCACCUGAAGCAGUAUGAACGCAGCAUCGUGGACUACAAGCCCAACCUGGACCUGCUGGAGCAGCAGCACCAGCUCAUCCAGGAGGCCCUCAUCUUCGACAACAAGCACACCAACUAUACCAUGGAGCACAUUCGCGUGGGCUGGGAGCAGCUGCUCACCACCAUUGCCCGCACCAUCAACGAGGUGGAGAACCAGAUCCUCACCCGCGACGCCAAGGGUAUCAGCCAGGAGCAGAUGCAGGAGUUCCGGGCGUCCUUCAACCACUUCGACAAGGAUCAUGGCGGGGCACUGGGGCCCGAGGAGUUCAAGGCCUGCCUCAUCAGCCUGGGCUACGACGUGGAGAACGACCGGCAGGGUGAGGCCGAGUUCAACCGCAUCAUGAGCCUGGUCGACCCCAACCAUAGCGGCCUUGUGACCUUCCAAGCCUUCAUCGACUUCAUGUCGCGGGAGACCACCGACACGGACACGGCCGACCAGGUCAUCGCUUCCUUCAAGGUCCUGGCAGGGGACAAGAACUUCAUCACAGCUGAGGAGCUGCGGAGAGAGCUGCCCCCCGACCAGGCUGAGUACUGCAUCGCCCGCAUGGCGCCAUACCAGGGCCCUGAUGCCGUGCCCGGCGCCCUCGACUACAAGUCCUUCUCCACGGCCUUGUAUGGCGAGAGCGACCUGUGAGGCCCCAGAGAGACCCGACCCAACACCCCCCAUGGCCUCCAGGAGGGGCCUGGGCAGCCCCACAGUCCCGUUCCUCCACUCUGUAUCUAUGCAAAGCACUCUCUGCAGUCCUCCGGGGUGGGUGGGUGGGCAGGGAGGGGCUGGGGCAGGCUCUCUCCUCUCUCUCUCUGUGGGUUGGCCAGGAGGUUCCCCCGACCAGGUUGGGGAGACUUGGGGCCAGCGCUUCUGGUCUGGUAAAUAUGUAUGAUGUGUUGUGCUUUUUUAACCAAGGAGGGGCCAGUGGAUUCCCACAGCACAACCGGUCCCUUCCAUGCCCUGGGGAUGCCUCACCACACCCAGGUCUCUUCCUUUGCUCCGAGGUCCCUUCAAGGCCUCCCCAAUCCAGGCCAAAGCCCCAUGUGCCUUGUCCAGGAACUGCCUGGGCCAUGCGAGGGGCCAGCAGAGGGCGCCACCGCCACCUGACGGCUGGGGACCCACCCAGCCCCUCUCCCCUCUCUGCUCCAGACUCACUUGCCAUUGCCAGGAGAUGGCCCCAAUAAGCACCCCGCUUUUGCAGCAGAGGAGCUGAGUUGGCAGACCGGGCCCCCCUGAACCGCACCCCAUCCCACCAGCCCCGGCCUUGCUUUGUCUGGCCUCACGUGUCUCAGAUUUUCUAAGAACCAAAAAAAAAAAAAAGGAAAAAAAACACAAAACAACAAAAACCAAAAAAAAAAAAAUCACAAAAACAAAAAAACUAUAAAAAAGAAUUAAAAACUUACUUUCAGAGAAUUACUAUUUACUUUAUUAACUUACGGAUUUAUUAUAUAAAUAUAUAUUCACCUAGCAACAUAUCUCUGCCGUCUCUCCUGCUCUCAUAAUGAAGACAUAGCCGAUUCUCUGCCCGGGCCCCUUGCUGAUGCUCCUCCGGGUCUGCGUCGGGUGUGGGUCUCUGGGGACCCUCCAGAGGUGGAGGUGGGCUGAUGGCCUGGCUGCCUGGUGGUUGAUGGUUUUGCUCCCCCUACCUUUUUUUUUUUUUUUUUUUUUUUGAGUUUAUUCUGAUUGAUUUUUUUUUCUUGGUUUCUGGAUAAACCACCCUCUGGGGACAGGAUAAUAAAACAUGUAAUAUUUUUAAGAAGGA